AUGACAAACGAAACAUCGGCGGCUCUUCUGUACGGGAUUCUUCCGAAGAUUCGUGGGAUUUGUGGAAAAGAUCAGCAGGCAGAGAAGGCCCUCAUCCAAACCUUUUUGAAAGCAGAGAAACAUGCUCCAGGUUUCUCAGAAGACUUCAUGCGUUCCUUCCACAAACAGACGGACGGAACACCGUAUCCUUACGAGGCAACUAUUCUAGCUACUUCGAGUCAACACUUGCGCGAGUUUCAGCUUUCAAAUGACAGCGAGCUAGCUCCGUUGAUACAGUCUCGAGCGGACAACCUGAAAAAGAUUCUUUCCUCGAUACCACGAGUCAUUCCAGACCGACCCAUAUUUCUUCAAACGAUCAAAGACAUUGCUUCAAACAUUCGAAUGCUUCUCGACGCACUGAACAAUAAGAUUGACAUCAAUCGCCAGAAAAGCCGUGCGAGCACUGACAGGCUCGACUUGCAGAAACGAGAAUUCGUUCGCUUCUCGAAGAGGUUUUCCGAAGCGCUCAAGGAAUACUUCCAAGAUCGGUGCGACGAGAGAAAGCGAGGGGUGUUCCGUGAGGCAAACCGACUUCUUCACCAAACCAAUCAAGUGCUCAAUACGCUCCGCCACAACUGA